AAGCCAUAUCAUGAAUCCUGGCAUCGACUCACUUCUCCGUACCAUUGGACCCUACAACGGCGCCCCCAAUGAGUACAACUACGAGUUUGCCAAGCAGCAGCUCCGCUCCUCCAAGAUAUUGGUGAUUGGGGCCGGCGGCUUGGGAUGUGAAAUCCUCAAGAACCUCGCGCUCACCGGCUUCACCGACAUCCACAUAAUCGACAUGGACCUGAUCGACCUCAGCAACUUGAACCGCCAGUUUCUCUUUCGCAAAGAGGACAUCAACAAGUCCAAGGCCGAGGUAGCCGCCCGGUUUGUCAAGCUGCGGGUCAAGAACAGAUUUCUCAAGAUUGUUCCCUACUACGGGCGCAUUCAGGACAAACCAGUGGAAUACUAUCAACAAUUUAGUUGCAUCAUCUGCGGCCUCGACAGCGUGGAGGCACGGCGGUGGAUUAACGCUACGGUGGUGGCGAUGGUGGGUCCGGCCAUGGAGAACCUCGUGCCCAUCAUCGAUGGUGGUACCGAAGGGUUUCGUGGCCAGUCCCGUGUGAUCAUUCCUACCGUCACCUCGUGCUACGAGUGCACCCUUCACAUGUUGACACCCAAAGUCACGUAUCCCGUGUGCACCAUCGCUAACACGCCACGGUUACCAGAGCAUUGUAUCGAGUGGGCCAGUGAGCUCGCGUGGGGGCAGAAGUUCUCCGUCAAGUUCGACGCCGAUAACGAGCAGCACGUCGACUGGGUGUUUGAGCAGGCACAGGCCCGUGGCCGCCAGUUCCACAUCGGCGGCAUCACCCGGUCUUUGACUUUGGGGGUCGUCAAGAGCAUCAUCCCGUCCAUUGCAUCCACAAAUGCCAUCAUUGCUGCUUCUUGUUGCAAUGAAGCAUUCAAGAUUCUCACCGAUAAUAAUGGCCAUUUGGACAAUUAUAUGAUGUACUCGGGCGAUGACCUGGUGUUUACGUAUACUUUCGAAGCUGCCAAAAACCCUGGAUGUCCUGUUUGUGGCACCCAGACCAAAACUGUCCGGUGCCAGAAUUGGUGGACGCUAGAGACGUUUAUCCUGGAGAUGCGGACGAUGCCAGAGCUCCAGGUGAAGAACCCGUCUCUAUCGACAGCUGGUACCAAGCUUUACUUUGCGGCACCGCCGUCAUUGUACGAGGCUACGAAGCAGAACUUGUGCAAGCGGGUGAAGGAUCUCGUGAGCGAAGACGAUGAGAUUGCGAUUACGGAUCUGAGUUUGCCCAUCAGCUUGCGGGUCAAGUUGGAGUUUGAGGGGCCGGAGAGCGAGCCGGCGAACAUCGAUGUGUUGGUAUCGUAGUAUUCUAGAGGUCGCAUCAGCAUCCAUCACCUAUAACAAGCACUUUAGUGUUUUCGUCACUACACUUACGUGUUUCAUCACUAAUCUUGCGUGUUUUGUACCUCAUCUUUUCAACUCUACGCUAAUCUAUCACAUUACCAAUAUAUUCCCACUAGAUAGUUCUAGCUCUCACCAAUCCCGCAUCUUCUCCACAAGCAUCCGAUUGAACUCGGUCGCAUUAUCCAAAUACACAUGGUGUCCGGCAUCAGCAAUUUCCACCACCGUCGAAGACUUUCCCGACCGCCGGAGCCGCUCGCUGCACACCUCUCCACCGUGCACAUUCAUCCAGUCGUCCUGGCCGUACCACCAAUCGAACUGGCAGUUACACCGCUCGAUUUUGCGGUCCACCAUCGGGUGCCGCGGGUUUGCGCCCGGCUUGAGAAGAUAAUUUAACAUGUACUCGCCCGACCCCCGGGCCUGGAAGAUUCCGUACACGUAUUUGUGGAGCGAAACCCGCUCAGAGUCCGGAAGCUCACUGAACCGCCGGUAGCUCCAUCCGCUCACCAAUUUGGACCCAUAGAAAGAUGCCUUGCGCACAAGAGAAAACGGACUUAUGUUUCUUUCCCACAACCGCUCAAAAUACGCCGGAAUCACAAUCGGCUUCUUGUGGUCGAUGAUUCCCCCCGGUGAAACCAUUACAAGCCGCCGGCAGAAAUCGGGGUCAACAUUGAUACCGUAGCUGGCCAUUAAAUAUGCGCCCAUGGAAUGGGCCAUCACGAGGGCAUUUUGGCGGGGGAUCUGGCGCC